ACCGGAGAAAAACAAACGAUUUAUCUCCUCAUGUUGAACAAGGGAGGAGGGGAAGGCAGUUGAACUCUCACCCAGGAAGAAGCCGCUGUCGCCACCUCCAAUUUAAUCUGAUGUUUUCUUAAUCCUGCCAAUGGUGGUUCUCUCCUCGUGUCCGGAAAAAAAAAAAAGAGAGAUAGGUAACCAUAGCAACCACGGAGAAGCUUAGCCCUUCCCUAUGAUUGGGUAAUUCAAACGGUUUUUCUAGGUAUUGAAUCUGUGGAAGAAGCAGCUGCCCGCCUGCCUGGGUGAGUUUGGAAGCUGCAGGAUGCGGCCCCGCGGUGGGAUCAGCCCAAGUUUUGUGUCCGAGCAGCGGAUUCGACAGCUGGAGCAGAAGUUGCGAGCAAAAGAAGAAAGAAUUGUAGUGCUAGAAACAGAAAAUGCCCUUCUGCAUCUCAAGCUUGCAGAGUGUCAAAGCAUGAUUGGGAAAAGCUCGACAAAAGAAUUGCCCAAAAUUUAUGUAAAUUGUAAGCGGCACCAUUUGCAUCAAAGUGCCAGGUCAACAGUAAUCCAGAUUUAUGGAGCAAUACAGAGUCUGAAGCAAGAUAUCAAGAAUCUCCGUUUCUCUGCUCUUACAUUUUUAGAAGACUUUCAGCAUCAAAGCAAGAACUCUUUUUACCAGGUUUUGGCAGCUGUCCAAAGAAUACAGCUUCAUAAUGAGGUUAUGCAAACAUUUCGGAUUAAAGCUCUCAAACUUGAACAAUCCUUGCUUGAUGUAACAGAGAGAUACCAGAAAGAAAAACAAAAGAGAAAAAUACUUCAUAACAGUUUAAUUGAACUGAGGGGCAAUAUCAGAGUACACUGCCGGAUCCGUCCACUAUUACCAUUUGAUAUUGUUCCUGGAGAGCUGGAAUUUGAAGACAGGCCUAGAAGUUCAUCAGAAAAAGUGGUGUGUGCAGCUGAUGAUGAAACCAUAUUGGUAAAAUGCAACCGUCCCGGUCAUGCUUUGAUAAACAAGACAUUGCAGUUUGAAAGAGUCUACAGUGCUGCUGAAACUCAGGAGACAGUGUUUGCAGAUGUAUCACCUUUGCUAACAUCGCUGUUGGAUGGGUACAAUGUGUGUAUUAUGGCUUAUGGGCAAACUGGGAGUGGAAAAACAUACACAAUGUUAGGACCACAACCUGAAGAUAAUUUUGCUUUUCACCUGGAGGAUGAAACAGCAUUAGGAAUUAUUCCUAGGGCUGCUGAAGAAGUAUUCAGGCUUAUUUCAGAGAAGCCACCAGGAAGUCAUUGGGUUGAGGUUUCUGUUGUAGAAGUAUAUAAUAACACUGUGUUUGAUCUUCUGGUCAAAGACAACUGUGGAACAACAACUGGUGUCAAAAGGGACAUUGUCACAAAUAAGGAAGGGAAGAGUGAUGUCCCGCUUCUUGUGUAUGAGUCUGUUAAAGAUGCAGUGGAGUUCUUGGAGCUGGUUCAUAAGGGCCUACAGUUAAGAGUCAAACAUCCAACACUUGUACAUGCUCAUUCAUCCCGUUCUCAUCUUGUGGUAACGUUGACCAUCACCACAAGGAAUGUCUUGGGGGAUGACUUUGGUGAUUGUUCUAGUCAGAAGCAGAAUAAAGAGCAUUUCUUCAACUAUCCACACUAUGUGAAAGAUGACAAACGCACCUAUCCUUCCAGAUCUUCUUCACCAGCUGAGUUUCUCACUGAAUCUACAGAGAAGCACAAGCAAAUGAGAACAAAACUUCAGUUGGUAGAUUUGGCUGGCAGUGAAUGUGUUGGUAUGUCUGGUGUGACUGGGGCAGUCCUAAGAGAAACCUCCUUCAUUAAUCGCAGCUUGUCUGCUCUGGCAGAUGUACUUGGAGCAAUAUCAGAACAUUGCCCUCACGUUCCCUAUCGAAACAGCAAACUCACACAUUUACUCCAGGACUCCAUUGGUGAUUAUAGCCUUUUCCUAUACAAUAACAUCAUUUUAUUUGUUUAGCAAAUUUUACCUGGCCUCUGAACCAAAUGUUUCAAAGGCAAUUUCUAGACCAAAAAAAUCUGUUUGAAAAUGCAGUACAUAGGCAACCAUAUCAAUAAGAUAGCAGCCAAGAAAAAAAAAUGCUGUUCAAGUCAGUACAUUCAAGAACACUUGCACACACUCAUGUAUACAAAAACCUGAAUGCCAUUUCAGCAGAAGGACUGGUAAAUAUUUUAAAAAUAGAAUGAAUGAAUCAAAAACUUUUUAAAAUGAUUCAAAGAAGUAUAUUCUGAAAGGAGGAGAGUCCUCACUUAUUUAAUCAAUUCAUAAAUUUAUUUAAUCAAUCCAGUCAUUUAUAUUCCACCUUUCUCCCCAAUCAGGACAGCAAAGGGUUUGCUGACAGUGUGUUACCCAAUGACAUUGAUGAGAAAAUAAUGAACCCUGACAAGGUUACCCAAUGACAUUUCAUGGCUUAGCAGGCAUUCAAAACUGAGUCUUCAGAUACUUCUUCAACACUCUUAAUCAUUGCCCUACACUGGCACUACUCCUGUUCUUAUUUUAGGUUACUUAAGAUUUCCAUGGUCAUAGUCUGUGCUUUGAAUUGUUGUUGGAGACAACAGGCAACCAGUGAAAUUAUUUUAAACCUGAAUAAAUAAGAUGGUGUCCACCAGCAACCUUGUGCUUGUAUUCUGUUCUGCUUGAAACUUUUGAGCAGCCAUCAGAAACAACUCCACACAACUAUGUGUUGCAAUAGUGCAGCCUCAUUAUGAUCAAAGUCUGCGUGCCUGUGGCUAGAUACAGCCCACCAACUACCAAAGCUGGGCAAAGGCAUUAGGAGCCAUAGUAGAGAUUUGUGUUUCCACCUGUAGAUAUGAAUCUAAUAGUGCCUCUCAGCUGUUAAUUUAGAAACAGGCUGACUGUUAAUCCCUAGCUGUUUGUGUUAUUAACCAACAGGACCUCCAUCUUGUCUUUCUUUUCUUUUUUCUUUGCUGCCAAGUCACAGCUGACUUAUGGCAACUCUGUAGGGUUUUCAAGGGAAAAAUGUUUGGAGGGGGCUUUCUAUUGCCUGCCUCAACCUCACAACCCUAGUAUUUCUCAAAAGUCUCCCAGCCAAAUCCUAACCACAGUUAAGAUGAGAGUGUGUGACUGGCCCAAGGAAACUUCCAUGGUAUCAGAGGCGUAUGGGGCCCAGAUUGCGCCCGGAGUCAAAGCCUCCUCCGAGCACCCCCCACCUGCGCUGUGGUGCCCCUUCCCCACACAUUCCCCCCAAAGCCCCACUUACCUGAGCCAGCGGGGGAUUUUCUCACGCUGAGGCUGCUACUUGGGCAGGAAAGAGAAGCUGACUGUGCAGCGGCCAGCCCCUCUUCCCUGCCCAGCAGCACCCGCAGAGUGUGCGAGGGACAGGGAGAGAAGCCUGCCAGCUUCUCUUCCCAUCUCUGCAUGGUGCACCCACAGCAUCCCUGGCACUGCGGGUACAAAGACUGGAAGAGAAGAGAAGCUUGUUGGUGCACCCACAGUGGCAGAGAAGCUGCAGGUGAGGGGAAGAGAAGCCAGCAGGUUGCUCUCCCCGUCUCUGCACAGUGCACCUGCGGCUUCCCUGGUGCUGCGGUUGCAGGCACAGGAAGAUAAGCCCGUCCCUGCACCUGCAGUGCCAAAGAAGCUGUGAGUGAGGGGAAGAGAAGGCUGCUCCUCCACUGACUGAAAGGAAAGGAGGCGGCUGCAGCUGGAGCUCCAGCAGCGCCCACACCAUUUCCCUUGCCCACGUUGUCCCCUCCGACAAUGUGGGUAGGCUGAGGGAGGGGAAGGCAUCUAGUCUCAUGGGGGGCUGAUUUUGCGCCCCCAUGUGACCAGAUUAGUUGUGCCCGGAGACAUGGGUUACCCCAUGUCCCCGGGCAGAUACACCACUGCAUGGCAUGAAUGGGAAUUUGAACCUGGGUUCCCAAAGUCCUGGUCCGAUACCUUAACCACUGCACCACACUGGCUUCCAUCUUGUCAGUAAUGAAAAUUAAUCACUACCUCCAGUUCAGAACAUUCAUUGUUCAAUAUUUUUAUUAAGUUCAAAAUUCCUCUUUUUGCUAGAAGAUGCACUAAAUUUUGCUUUAAUGUCUGGCAGCAUCCUUGAGACAUUUAACAUUUCUGUGAUAAACAGAAGUUCAAUAGCAAAGAUUUUGACUAUCUUUGAAUUUUCUUGCCAAGAAAAACAGCAUUUGUUGAAGUUCAGUGUGCCUUGCCCCACCACAAAAAAAAAAAGUUGAGGAGCCUGUCGCUCUUUAUUUCUUAGCAUUUUGGCCAAAUAAAUUGAUUUUCUGAACAGCCUUUGUGACACUAGCAUGUUUUUAAUCAUUCUGAAGGCAUAUAUGUUUCUCUGUAUUGGAAAAUUUUAUCCUUUAGUGGCACUUAUGUUAUGAAGUCAUUUAUGGUAUCUUCCAUGGGAAUGUUUUGUGCAAAUCCUGAAUGCUGAAGCUUGGAAUAAAGAAUUGAACAUA